CUCUCGAUCUCCGUACCCUUGCUGCACCAAAUGAUGGACCGCGUAUUCCUCCAAUCUGAUUCCUGGCUGACCUUACCCCGGCUUUUCUCUCCCUAGGAUGUAAUCUAAAUGUGGGGUUGACGCCGACCUCGUGAAAUUACCACGACUCGCACCUCUCGCAGAACGGAAAUGUUCCUCUGCCUGGAGAAAGGACGGAGUGUGGACAAAACAAAGGCACAUGGACCGGCGUAUUUUAACCAAUACAAAGGCAUGCAUGGCCCUUCAUUUGAAUUCUUGAUCACCCUGGUGGUGAACGUCUGAGCCUUUUCUAAAUCGAGAGGAACCACUGCAGAGACAAGAUGGCCAUCUCCGCAGCUAUAUACUCUCUACAGCAGGUGCUGCUUCAGUCGCCUUUGCACUCCCUCGCUGUAGCUACUCUCCUGACUCCCAUACUCUAUGUCAUCUGGAAUGAGUUCAUUCGCGCCUCAGCCCGCGUCCCCGGAUUCGGAGGUCCCCGUGGCCUACCUCUCAUCGGCAAUCUGGCUCAAAUUCGCAAAAAUGCCGCCGAACAGUACCGCAUAUGGUCCAAGACAUACGGGCCCGUCUAUCAGAUCCAGCUGGGAAACAUCCCCGUUAUUGUCGUGAACUCUGCUGCCGCUGCGAAGGUCCUGUUUGGUCAGAAUGCGCAGGCUUUGAGCUCACGGCCUGAGCUUUAUACUUUUCAUAAGAUCGUCUCCAAUACGGCCGGUACCACGAUCGGCACAUCUCCUUACAGCGACUCGUUGAAGAGACGCAGAAAGGGCGCCGCGUCGGCCCUUAACCGGCCCUCCGUUGACAGCUACGUCUCGCACCUGGACGUCGAGUCCAAGGCAUUCGUUGCAGAACUGUUCAAGUAUGGAAACAGUGGCAAGACGCCAGUAGAUCCCAUGGCAAUGAUACAACGUCUGAGUCUGAGCCUAGCCCUGACCCUGAACUGGGGAGUCCGGGUCGCCUCUCAGGAAGAGGACUUGUUCGACGAGAUCACCGAAGUGGAGGAGGAGAUCAGCAGAUUCAGGAGCACCACGGGAAAUCUGCAAGACUACGUCCCUAUCUUGCGUUUGAACCCGUUUAGCACCAAUUCGAAGAAGGCAAAGGUGAUGAGAAACCGCCGUGACAAAUACCUCGGUGACCUCAAUCGUGAUCUGGACGACCGAAUGGAAAAGGGCAUCCACAAGCCCUGCAUUCAAGCGAACGUUAUCCUUGACAAGGAAGCGAAGCUCAACAAAGAAGAGCUCACCUCUAUCAGCUUGACUAUGCUUUCAGGAGGCCUUGAUACAGUCACGACACUCGUCGCUUGGAGCAUCGGUCUUCUCUCACAGCGCCCAGAUGUCCAGGACAAGGCAGUUAAAGCUAUUCAGGAAAUGUACAGUACGGGCCAACCGAUGUGCGACUCGGGGGAUGAUCAAAAAUGUGCUUACGUCGCUGCCUUGGUGAGAGAAUGUUUGAGGUUCUAUACUGUCCUUCGUCUCGCGCUACCUAGGACAUCUAUCAGAGACAUCACAUACAACGGCCUUUUGAUCCCGAAAGGAACGGUCUUCUUCCUGAAUUCCUGGGCAUGUAACAUGGACCCUGAAGUCUGGACCGACCCCGAGGAAUUCAGACCAGAAAGAUGGUUCGAACAGCCCGAUGCACCCAUGUUCACUUACGGAAUGGGCUACCGCAUGUGUGCCGGCUCCCUCCUUGCUAAUCGUGAACUAUACCUCGUCUUUAUGCGGACUCUGAACAGCUUCAAAAUUGAACCCCACGACCAGCCUGACUGGCACCCUAUUGAGGGCAAUUCAGAUCCCACCAGCUUGGUGGCGAUCCCAAAGAAAUACAAGGUCCGGUUUGUUCCGAGGAACGAAAUGGCUCUCACUAAGGCUUUGGCUUGAUAUUUGCCGCUGGAUCUUGGUGACUUGGGGGAAUGCGUCGCUCAGACUCUGAUAGCGCUGGCAUAUAUGGGUAGUCAUGCUGUUGACAUCUUGUUAUCUGAAUGCGAAGCCAUUUCUAGUUAUGCAAACUGAUAUCUACCAUCAAAGGGUCUCGGAUAGCGUCAGGUGUCUCGAGUAGAAAGAAUCACGAUCUUCACGCCCUUUUGUUUAUGGAGUACGUUGACUAAAUGACGUUCGAUUCUAUGAUAGAUAAGUCGUCCUUCUUCAGAGGAUUUAGAUGGACGACCUCACGGGAUUUCAGUUCGCC